UGGCUCAAGCUUGCACUCAAUAGCUUUGUGAACAAUCACAAUCUGGUGCCAUGCGCGUGGCAUCGAUGGCAGUAUGUCUCCUUGGCGGCUGUCUGGUAUUGCUCGCGGCCCGUGCUCUUUCCAAUGAGGUGCUCGUUGGCCUCCGUCAGAAGAAUCUUGCAGAGUUGGAGCACUUAUUCUGGCGAGUUUCCACGCCAGGCAGCGAAGAGUAUCUCAAGUUCCGCAGCGUUGACGAACUGGCAGAGAUGAUUGCACCCGAAGCCGACGACAUUGCCGAGGUGAAGCGUUGGCUCGUCGCAUCUGGGGCAGACCCAGAGACGCUCAACAUCUCGCCGCUGCACGAUGCCAUUUCUGCCACAUUUGCAGCGCCAUCUCCAAAGACGCUUCUGUCAGACGCUGUACGCCCAUCUCGGAAGGGUAGAGUUUGUGGUGCACCGGGGCAGCAAGUCUGAACAGCAAUCCUCAAACCCACGCCUUUCGAGCAGCAGUUCCAGCAUGGGUGGCUACACUGUGGGGAACAUUAAGAAAGCCUAUGGAAUCCCAGCUGACUUGAAGGCGUCAAAUGCAAACUCGUUGCAAAUGGUUUGGGGGCCGGGGACAUUUGGGUACAGUAUCCGCCAACUUCAAGCUUUCAAAGACCAGCAGUGCCCACAGCUCGACAUGGAGAAGGUCAAGUUUGAUACUGGAAACCACGGUCACGUAGGGGACAACUACAUGGAGGGAAAUUUGGACACUCAGAUGAUCUCUUCGUUUGGGCUUGGCGUGACGACGCUUGUGUCCAACACCAACACUUCCGCGUCAACGGAGGAGGGUGAAGGUUUUGGCCAGGCAAUGCUCGACUUCUUGACUGAACUACCAUCCCGAUCGACUCUUCCGCAGGUGCUUUCGCUUUCGCUGGGUUCCCUGUCAGCGUAUUCUUGUGAUUUAUUGAUCUCGGAAGGUAUCAAGGCAGGGCAUACUGAGAAAGAGAUUCGCGAAUUCUUGCAGAGCCAGCGUCAAGUUUGCAUGUUCUUGAACCGCGACCAGGUCAGGCGCAUCAACACAGCGUUUCAGUUGCUCGGUCUUCGUGGCGUCAGUGUGUUUGGCAGCAGUGGUGAUGGAGGUUCCCAUUUCUCCUUUCAGCCGUUUUCGGGUGGAGCCAUUGCUGAUACACUCAACAAAAUAUCUUGCGCAUAUGCGAUUCCAGUCUUCCCAACCACAAGCCCUUACAUCACGUCAGUCGGCGGCACAGCGUGGUCUGGUGUCCUGUUCAAGGACUCUUCCAAGCCCAUAGCGUGGUCUGGGAGUGGCGGCGGUUUCAGUUGGGAGUUCGGCGCGCCUUCCCAUCAAAAAGAAGCAGUGUCAGCAUACUUACAAGGCACAUCAGACUUGCCUCCUUCGAGCUCUUUCAAUGCAUCCGGCCGCGCGUACCCAGAUAUUUCGGCCGUUGCAGUCGAAGGCACGAGCCAGUCCUCACCAAUGGUUGCUGGCAUUUUCUCGCUGGUGAUGGACCACCGUUUGAAUGCAGGUCUCCCUCCACUUGGCUUUUUGGGGCCGCGUCUCUAUCAGGUGAUGGCCAGAUCGCCAGGUGAAGCGUUCGAGAGCGUGACGUCGGGUAACACCAAGACCUCUUGCGAGACGGGUUUUCCUGCCGGCCAGGGCUGGGAUCCCGUGACAGGCUGGGGUCGCCCGAAAUGGCCAGGGCUUCUCGCUCAUUUUGGCAGCGAUGAGGCGACAGCGGUGAACAUUGCUGUUUAGUACGCAGCGGGUCGCACUUCUGUCGAACUGAGCUCCGUUGGUUUGGUUUGUGGAGGCUAAAACAAAUGAAGAAUUUCAAUUGUUUUCCUACAGCGUGUUAUUCUUGACGCUGGGUAUUGGAAAGGCAAAGAACAAUAUUGUUAGACCACCAGCGCCUGGCUCGGCAUACCCCUGGUAGCAGCAUGCGGCGACAGCAAGCCACGCCAUGCCAUAAUUCCAUAUUGCGCGUGUACCCUGUGCGUCAUGUCGACAAGAUUGUCUGCAAGCCAUCCGCCA